UUGAGGCCGCGCCGCUGCCUCCCUUCCUCCGCUCGUCCUAGACGCGCGCGCGCGCGCUCCCAGGUCCGAAUGUUGUGAAUAAAAUGCGCCGUUUGUUACACCCCGGCGGCGCGGGCGGUUCUUAAAGGGCCAGAGUCCUGGGGCCACUGGCACCCCACUUACCCUGACCCAUUCGGUUAGCAGCCCAGGGAGGGUUGCUGAGCUCCCGGGGCUCUGAAGAAAACAAAGAAGAAACCGGAAACAGCAGCGACAGCUGUGGCGAGGGGGGCGCGGGCGCAGGGCCCAGAGCAGACACUUACCAGAGGGUGGAAAAGGUGGAGGGGGAAGGCUGUAAUUGCAUCCAGAGAACCGGCGCAGAUCCCAAAGAACUGGUGUGCUGUCAAGUUUGGAACCUGAGGGCCGGCAUCUUCCUUUGUCUUGACAACAUCCCCAAUGCGACCAUGGGAUCUGGCAGUGAAUAGGCGCCCUCCUUCUGCCCCUUUUGACCAGCGACGAUUCUCAGGGGGAACUUGUGGCAGCCCAGCACACUUCAGGAGAAGCCCUCCUUCCCGGCACCACUGGGGCCAACGUGAGCGACCUCUGCAAACUCUUCUAGCCCAGGAUGAGAACUACUUGCACCCGGCUUUUUUCCAGCAGCAGCAGCCACAGCCACACGUUCCUGUAGAUGAGCACCCGGCGUACGUUCUGGCCAAUACGCCACCACGAAUGCUUCACCCGGCUGCGCACCCACCCCACCAGCAUCCAUUCAUGGUGGAUCUCCACGAGCAGGUGCAUCAGGGAGCCGUCCCUCUGUCCUAUACGGUGACCACCGUAACAACACAAGGCUUCCCCAUUCACACUGGCCAGCACAUCCCAGGUUGUAGUGCGCAGCAGCUCCCAGCAUGCUCGGUGAUGUUCAGUGGACAGCACUACCCACUCUGCUGUCUCCCACCCCCCCUGAUCCAGGCCUGUGCCAUGCAGCAGCUCCCUGUUUCCUACCAAACUUUCCCACCACUUAUCUCCAGCGAUCAUUACAUUUUGCACCCUCCACCGCCUGUGCCGCCACACCAGCCUCCACAUAUGGCUCCCCUCAGCCAGUUUGUCCCACUCCAUCCCCAGCAUCCUCGCAUGCCCCUGCAAAGGAUAGAAAAUGAGGUGGAGCUUCGGGGUGAACAGCACUCCAUUGGAGGCUUUUCGUAUUCCCCUUCCCAUCAUACUCCUGCACUGUCUCCCUCUGUGCCGCUGCAUUACCUUCCACACGCCCAUGACCCUCUGCAUCAGGAACUGCCCUUCGGCGUGCCAUAUCCACACAUGAUGCCCAGGCGACUGAACACCCAGCGAUACAGAUUGCAGCAGCCACUGCCACCCCCACCGCCACCUCCGCCCCCAUACUAUCCGAGCUUCCUGCCAUAUUUCCUUUCAAUGCUUCCUGUGUCACCGACAGCUGUGGGGCCGACCAUAAGUCUGGACUUGGAUGUGGAUGAUGUGGAGAUGGAAAACUAUGAGGCAUUACUGAACCUAGCUGAAAGACUAGGGGAGGCCAAGCCACGGGGACUCACCAAAGCAGACAUUGAGCACCUUCCAUCCUACCGCUUCAACCCAGAAAGCCAUCAGUCGGAGCAAACCUUAUGUGUUGUGUGCUUCAGUGACUUUGAAGUAAGGCAGCUUCUGCGAGUUCUGCCCUGCAACCAUGAGUUCCACGCUAAGUGCAUCGACAAAUGGUUGAAGGCAAACCGCACAUGCCCAAUCUGCCGGGCGGACGCCUCAGAGGUGCACCGGGAAGCCGAGUGAGGCUGGUCAACAUGCUGCUGCACAAAUUCACACCAGGAUAUGGACCUUGGACCAGGGGCUUGGGCCAGCCUGUAUGCUUAGCCUCUGGGGCCUCUCCUGGAAUGUGGUGAGAAUAUAAGCAAUGUAUGACACCCCCUCCCCCUCACCCCGUGGCAUGGACUGGGCCUGGUGGCAGCGCCAGCUCUGUGGUGUCAUGCUUUGUAGGGGGAGGCAUCCCCAUGUGCUUCACACUCCAAAGACUCUCCAUCCUUGCGCCAUUACGCUCCAGGUGUUUGCAUUCCUUUUCUUUCUUUUUGGAGUGGUUGUUUCCUUUUUGGCUGUCUGACCCAGAUUUUUGCCCGAAUUCUCCUUUUGGAGGUGCUGGAUGGGGUCCUUCAAAGCAGAGCAGCUCAAAGGGAGAGACAAGGAAGUUCUUGCUUCAGUCCCACCAGCUACAGUGUUGCACAGCAGGCAGUCUGCAGGGGGGCGGGGGGGGGGGAUCGGUUGUUACACUGUGGUGUAAACAGCCCCUGCUCAGCCCAUGGCACAGGGCCACCUCCUAGUUUUUCUUUACCCAGACACUUUGCCCUUUCAACUUCUCAGGCACCCUUCCCCACCCCCGCACACCUGAGAUGUUGGGUAGAAUUCAGGGCCAUUCCUACAACUGACAGGCAGACCAUGGAAACGAGAAAGGCCUGUUUAAGGUCCCAGCAAUAUCCUGCCUCUCCCCCAAUGUUGUUGCAGAGAGGCAGUGCUGAGGAAUUCCUAAUCACUGCCUCCUCCCCCCCCCCCCCCAAAGGAGGAGGAGUGUGCAAGUGGGAAUCUCUGAUAAAGCAGCUGGCUCUGUUUGUUCGAUAUUUAAUCCAGUGGAGCCUCUCUUUGUGAGGCUUGUGUUUUGGGAUUUAAGAAUCAUGUUCUUGCAGAUGCUUCUGCCUGUUUUUGUCCACCCUUCACGUGUGCACGGGCGUACCCCAAGUGCCGAAACAUUUGGGUGCGCCACUCCUCAGUACCUGUCUCCAUGGAACCUAUUUUGAAUCAAGUUCUUGCCACUGUUUUUUACAAAAAAAAUAUUCCUAUUUGCUGUUUCUCUCUGUGUGCAUUUUCUCCUGUGGGGGGAGAUGUUUGACAGUUUGUAGCAGAUGCCUCCAAUCCUGCCAUUGUGGCUAAAUCCCACCCACUCCUCUGCACUGACCUCAGACUAAGCCCCUGAAGGCUGUUGGGCAGCUGUGAUACUCUCCACAGCAGGAUCCCUGGACAGAGAGCAGAUGGGGAAUUAUUUAUUAAUCUUGUUGUCGUCUGCCCUUGCACUAGCUGUCCUGGGGAAAGCCCAUCUGUGAAUCUCUCCGGGAUGCUGAAUGCAGUGCUGCAUCAGCCUUCUUUCCUUUCGGGUAGGACCAGGCAGGCGUUUUCAUUCCCUCCCUCACUCCCUCCUUCCCUCCCGUUGUCUCUCUCCCAUCAAAUUUGGCCUGAUUCUGCUGCCACCGCCACCACCCCGGUGAGUUUUUCUGCAUGGCCUGAUGCUUGUGCCCUGGUUCAGGUGCCGAGGGUGGUGUCUUUAUCUUUCUUUUUUAAAAUGCCAUGACGAGCAUACACUCAAAGCUGUGUGCCUUCUUGUGUUUGCACACACAAUCCUACCUAAAACACCUGCUGAUUGGAAGCGAGAAAGCAACCAACCUGCCACCCUGGUACAGAAACCUGUAAUUGUCCCCCAAAAAAGAAAAAAAGAGUUGUUUUGCAUGAUGAUACCGUGGAGCAAGAGAGAAACCCUUGCCGUGUAGUUGGUUUGUGUUCUGAAGCCUGGCAGAAGACUCGGAGAGGAUGACAAAACCUAAUGUAAAUGUUCACAAAUUAUGCAUGCAUGUUAUGACCAGCUUGGAACGUGGUAUUGGCUAACUCUCUAGCCAGCUGUGGGGUGAUGGGGGGUGGGGAAGAGGGAGUUCUUUGUGCUCAGCUGAUUACUGCCAUGCACUGUACUGCACAUGUCCGCUACGCCUCACAAGGACCGUUAACGCUUUUCGGGGCAUUUCCCUCUCCCCACCUCCUCUCCAAAUUUAGAGAUUGAUUUGAAAUGGGGUUGGGCCAGGAGGAGGUAGUGGCGAUUUUGUUUUGAGUUCCAUCUUCGCCUCGUUCAAUAGAUGUUUGGGCCUCUGUGCUAUUAACAACUGUCUUAAGAAUAGAGUUUUGGCACAUGCAGCUUUUCCUUUUUGGCUCUACAGAGGUGGGAGAAGUUGCACCCGAUUAAAUACUACUACUCCUGUAAGUGUUACUAGCUUGGGAGUCUUGUCUUGCAUUGACUCCGGUGACGCUGCAGGGCAAGUCUGACAGCCGGGUUUCUGCCAGGAUUUGUUUUCCACCACCCACAAGGUGGACUUCUGGUUUCCUCCUGUGUGCUGUCCAAACAUCUGUUCUCCCAAGUGAUUCUAGAUUCAACUUAAAGUCUCCACCUGGCCUUUUGGAGUCUUUCUUCCCUCCCUUUUUGAAGGAAACAAUGGGUGGCAGACCUUGAGAGCAGUAGCAGCUAUGAAAAAACACACUGGGCCAUGUACUCAUCCUUAAUUUGGACCUGCCCAGAGGAAAGGGAUUUGCAAAGGAGAAUUCACUUCCAAUCCUGCUCUUUUCAAUGGAAUGUUCCGAGCUUUGAUGGUGGCUGGGGUGGGGAGUGGCCUCUCUUAAAACAGUGGGCAGGCACAGUGUAGCUGUCCUGUUUUUCUGAGCACGCCGGCUCUCAGCAAUACUUACCUCUGAAGCAGGGGAAAGCCUGUGGGUAUGACUUGGACCGCCAGGCCUUUUGCCACUGGUGCUUGCUGCCAUGCAUGGCAGAGGUGAGCAGCUAUUCCCCCAGACAGUUGCUGGGAUUCUUGACCCAUCUGAAGGUAGGGAAGGGGAUUUUGGAAUCUGUUUGUGGCCUCUUGAGCCCCAGUCCAGGAGAAGAGCCUCCACCCCUUUGGCUCCUUCCUUUGGAUUAUGCAGGCGCACAACUAGGCAGGGCAAGGUAUAAAGUAGCAAAGGGAGGUUGACCUACAACCCGACAGUGGGGUUUGUUCAAGAGGAGCAGCUGGCCUGCUGCCAGGAUCAAUGUAUUUGAAACUAACCUGCUGAAUGCUGGGCAGGCCCCAGUUUUCUUUUAAAGAAAUCAGUGUCCUGAAUUUCUGAUGAAUGCAGAUUUUCCUUGUUACGAUUUAGCAGCUCUAGGUUAUGAUUUUGCAGUCACGUUAGAGAGGGUCAGAAAACUAACCCGUUUGUUCCUAUCC